AUGGCAACCAACGGUAACUACACAAACCUGGACCAGUUCAAGGACGCUGUCGAGCCAACAUCAUCAGGUCCCACCGCUACCAACGAUGCCACGUCGGCCGGUAACAACAACCUCAGCAAGGAUGAGGUUGGCUGGUACUUCGUCGAGCAAUACUACACAACCCUGAGCAAGAACCCGGAUAAGCUUCACCUCUUCUAUGGAAAGCGCUCCCAGUUCGUUUAUGGCAUGGAGGCAGAGGUUGCGAACGUUUCUGUUGGCAGACAAGCUAUUCAAGAGAGAAUCAAGAGCCUUGAUUUCGAGAACAGCAAGGUCCGCAUCACGAAUGUUGACUCCCAGGCCUCCUUCGACAACAUCGUCAUCCAGGUCAUUGGUGAGAGCUCCAUCAAGUCCGCCGAGCCGAAGAAGUUCGUCCAGACCUUUGUUCUUGCGCCCCAACCCUCCGGCUACUUCGUCGUCAACGACAUCCUGAGAUACAUCAACGACGAGGAUGAGGAUGAGCCCGUCGCCGAGCCAGAGGCUGCCCCCGAGGAGCAGGCCGCUCCUGAGGAGGUUGCCGAGGCCCCUGCUCAGCAGGAGGCCGAGCAGCCUGCGGUAGAGGAGACCGAUGUGGAGGCUACCGGUCCCGCCGUUGACGCCGACGAGGUCGAGAAGAAGUUGGAGGAGGUCAGCACGGCUCCUGAGGAUCCCGCUGCUAACAGCGAGGUCGAGACCGCCGCUCCUGAGCCCACCAAGGCCCCCGAGGCCAAGGUCGAGGAGUCGGCAGCUGACCCCGAUGCUACUGCUAAGGCGAUUGCCGAAGAGGACGUCAAGGAGCCCGAGAAGCCUACUGACCCCACUCCCACCCCUGUCGCUGCUACCAAGGCUCCCGCCGCCGAACCCGAGAAGCCUUCGCCCGCUCCCGCUCCCGUCCCCAUGAAGCCCAUGUCUUGGGCCAGCCGUGCUGCUGCCGCCGUCGGACCCAAGCCUGUCGUCCCUCUGCCCAAGACCGCUACUCCUCCCGCUCCCGCCCAGGCCAAGGUUCCCGCACCCGCUGCUGCCUCUCCUCAAGCCGCUGCCCCCGCUGCUGCCACCGCCGCCGCCAAGGAGCCCGAGGCGCAGGCUGCGAAGGAGGCCUCUCCCUCCGCUGAGUGGCAGUCUGUUGGCGCCGACUCGAAGCGCCAGAACCGUCCCCAAUCUAUCUCGCAAGCGCCUGCCGAGAACUACGGCACGCUGGGAUAUGUCAAGUACGUGACCGACAAGGUCAAGGCGGAGGAUCUUAAGGCUGCCUUGGCCGCCCAUGGCGAGCUCACCUACUUCGACAUCAACCGCCAGAAGAACUGCGCCUUUGUCGAGUUCGCUACCGUUGCCGGCUACCAGGCUGCUGCCGCCGCCAACCCCCACACCGUCAAUGGCGAGAACAUCAUUGUUGAGCCCCGCCGCCCUAAGGCCACCGCCUACGGCGGCAGCAACUACUCUACCCCCCGUGGCAACGCCACCGGUGGCGGCCGUGGCCGCGGUGGAUUUGAGGGAAACCGCUCCGGCAGCCAGGGCAACGCCCGCGGUAACUUCACCGGUGGCCAGACCCGUGGUCGCGGCAGUGUCCGUGGCCGCGGUGCCUCCCAGGCCGCGGCUUAA